GCGUGCUGUGGCCUGUGCCUGCACACAUCAUGCACACACAGUGAGACUUAAGUCCCAAGCUGGACUGAGUGUCAAACUCUGUUCCCAAGAAGAGAUAAAAACACCAGUGAAAAAACGGUCCUCUGAGAUCCAGUCUUGGUUACAGGAUGAGUGUGAACAGAGAUCAGGGAGACCCGAGGAGGACCACAGAGAAGGGAGGCUUUGAUUGUAUGCCCAAAGGGCUUGGAUGGCCUUGAGCAGAAAUUGGAACUCAGACUUCCUGGAUAACAGCAAAGGCCAUGGCUUGCCAGAGCAGCCUUUGGGAGAGCAAAGACUAGCAGAGGGAGGUGGUUUGGUUCCUAAUUUAGACUCGGAGGUAGAAGAUGCUUAUCCAGGCAGCCAGGACUGCAAAGCUCCAAGGAUUUCCUAAGCAGGUGCCUCCGCGGUUUCCAGGAUGGGACACACUUCAGCGGAGCCAUGGAACAGUGGUGACCGCUAGAUCCCCCGCCCGGGUGGGAGGGGGCGGGACAGUCCUGGGCGAAGGGCGGGGGGCGUGGCCAGGGACCACUUAAGGCGGAGUCGGGGCGUUUCUGAGAGCACCGGAGCUGGGCAGCCGAGACUGGCGGCGCUGGCACUCACCCUCCACCCACCUGCCCUGUAACGGUAGCCCAUCAGUGGCAGGUUCCAGGUUCCCCGAGCAUGUAGGCAGAGUUAGCGGCUGCCGAGUGUUGCGAGGCACGGGCGCAGCAGGCUCUCCGGAGCUUCUCCGGCUGUGGUGCUCUCCGGCUCCCGCGGAGAUGCGCAAGUGACAGGAGAGCGAGUGAGGACCAGAACGCUCCCUUCCGACCCUAGCCCACGGCGUCCAUGGCUCUGCCGGGCAGCCUGUUGCCCCUGUGCUGUUUGGCACUGCUGGCACUGUCUGUCCAGAGCUGCGGGCCGGGCCGGGGGCCGGUCGGCCGGCGGCGUUACGUGCGCAAGCAGCUUGUGCCUCUGCUCUACAAGCAGUUUGUGCCUAGUGUGCCCGAGCGGACCCUUGGCGCGAGCGGGCCAGCGGAGGGGAGGGUCGCAAGGGGGUCCGAGCGCUUCCGGGACCUCGUACCCAACUACAACCCCGACAUAAUCUUCAAGGAUGAGGAGAACAGCGGCGCUGACCGCCUGAUGACGGAGCGCUGCAAGGAGCGGGUGAACGCGCUGGCCAUCGCGGUGAUGAACAUGUGGCCUGGCGUGCGCCUGCGCGUGACCGAGGGCUGGGACGAGGACGGCCACCACGCGCAGGACUCGCUCCACUACGAGGGCCGCGCCCUGGACGUCACCACGUCGGACCGCGACCGCGACAAGUACGGCCUGCUGGCGCGCCUCGCCGUGGAGGCCGGCUUCGACUGGGUCCACUACGAGUCCCGCAACCACGUCCACGUGUCGGUCAAAGCCGAUAACUCGCUGGCCGUGCGGGCCGGGGGCUGCUUCCCGGGCAACGCCACGGUGCGCCUGCGGAGCGGCGAGCGGAAGGGGCUGCGGGAGCUGCACCGCGGGGACUGGGUCCUGGCGGCCGACGCGGCGGGCCGGGUGGUGCCCACGCCGGUGCUGCUCUUCCUGGACCGCGACCUGCAGCGCCGCGCCUCGUUCGUGGCCGUGGAGACCGAGCGGCCCCCGCGCAAGCUGCUGCUCACGCCCUGGCACCUGGUGUUCGCCGCCCGCGGCCCCGCGCCCGCGCCCGCCGACUUCGCCCCGGUGUUCGCGCGCCGCCUGCGCGCCGGGGACUCGGUGCUGGCGCCCGGCGGCGACGCGCUCCGGCCGGCGCGGGUGGCCCGCGUGGCGCGCGAGGAGGCCGUGGGCGUGUUCGCGCCGCUCACGGCGCACGGCACGCUGCUGGUCAACGACGUGCUCGCCUCCUGCUACGCCGUCCUGGAGAGCCACCAGUGGGCGCACCGCGCCUUCGCGCCCCUGCGCCUGCUGCACGCGCUCGGGGCGCUGCUGCCCGGGGGCGCCGCCCAGCCCACCGGCAUGCACUGGUACUCCCGCCUCCUGUACCGCCUGGCGGAGGAGCUCCUGGGCUGAGCGGCCGAGCGCAGGGGCCCUCGGGGCUCCCGACGGAAGCGAAGGCCCGAGCCGAGCCAGCCGGGACCCGCGGGGGACGCUGACUGGGAGAGUGGCUGCGGAGCGAGAAAGGCGGGCUGCGCUGGAACCUGGCUAGGGCGC